AUGGAAGCAAAGCUGGCGCAGGACACACAUCGUACUGUGGCGGAAACGCCGCACAACCUGAACUCUUCGCGUUCUCAUUGCAUCUUCACGAUUUUCAUUGAGGCUUCCAACCCCAGCGCGCAGACUGUCAAAACGUCCAAGGUGCAGAUCGUGGACCUCGCCGGCUCCGAGCGCUUGAAGCCCUACGAAGCGGGCUCCCAGAACGACAAGGUUCUGAUGGGCCAAGCGGUGUCCAUCAAUGUUUCUCUGCACUGGCUUGAAGGCGUUAUCAAUGCUCUCAACAGGAAGGGCAGUGUUGUGCCAUACCGCAACUCGUUCCUGACCAAAGUGCUGAAGGAUGCUCUUGGCGGGAACGCCAAGUCCAUCAUGGUGGCCACACUGAAUCCUUCCGAAACCGCUUUGCCAGAGACCAUCAGCACCUGCCGCUUUGCCCAGCGCGUGGCGAACGUGCAGACCUUCUCGCGAAUUAACGAGGAGAGGGAUCCGCAGCUGGUCAUCGCUGCCCUGCGCCAGGAGAAUGCCGAGCUGCGAGCCGCUCUGGGUGCGCAUGGUGAGGCGCUGCCGGAAGAAGAGCUGCGCAGACGAGCCAGGACCUUCAUGGAGGAAGACGCAGCACCGCUGGAAGCUUCCAUCUUCUCUGUGGCCUCGUUGCUGGAGGCCUUCUCGGUCUUUCGGAUGCUGAAGGAGCUUUGUUGGGAGAUGCUGCGGAAGAAGCUCGCAUCCCCGAGCUUCCGCUCCCAGGCGACUGAGGUGCCGAAGUCUCCGACCUCUGAAGGUACUGAUAGCGUCGAGCUGAAACAAGUGCUCUCCGAGCGCGAAGCGGAGUGCCGCACCUUGCGCGCAGCGUUGGCAGCACAACAGCCUCGCCCUGCCCCUCGUCCUGUGCGACCAGCUCGAGCUCGUUCCGUGUCCACAGCCACGCAGACAGAAGCCGGGGAUGUGCCGCGCCGGCGCCGGCGCCGGCCCGCUUCUGCAGGGGAUACCAGAAGGGGUGACAAAGGCCGAGGCUUUGUCAACUUCAGCCAGGAGGACGUGGUGGAUCCUUUUGGCCGCAUGGAAGGCAAGACCACGCUGCCGCCGCUGGUGCCGCGAGAUGCUCGUGUGCCAGACUUUCGGCAGAUGCAGGGCUCCGAGUCAUCGGCUCCAAAGCUGGGCACCACUUCCAAGGAGUCCGUUGGGGCCAGCGCGGAAGCCACUUCAAAGCCUGCAGGUGGCGUUGCGUCGCCGCCCGCGGCACCCGUGGCCGUGGCGGCGCCAGCGCCGCAAGCGCCGCAAGCGCCGCAAGCGCCGGCCGGAGGUGCAUCUGCAGCUUGGCUGGCAGCCACCACCGCUCUUACAGAGGAGGAGCGCCAGCUGAUGGUCGACCCCGCAAAGGCAUAUCAGCUCUUCCUGCUGCACGACCCGCGGGCAGCGGACAUUUGGCCCAGCGAGCUCCAGGACAUGCGGCAGGAUCGGAAAAAGCACAUGGAGGAGGCGAAGGCUUUGGGUGAAGAGAUUCAGAAGACCAACGAAGCCAAGCAGAAGGUGCAGGAAGCAUUGGCAACGUUGAGCGAAAAGUUGCGGCAGGCGCAGGAGGAAGCUGCUGUGGACCCCUCGGCGGCGCAGCGCGCCAAGACGCUGGCGGGGUUGCUGGCCCAUGAGGAGCCCCGGCUUUUGCAGCUCUUUGACGAGAAGCGACAGCGCUACGAGCUGGACUUCGCUCGGCUCAAGGAGCUCAAGCGUGAGAUUGGCCACUUGGAGCACGCUGAGAAGAAGCUGGAGACUGCUGUGCAGUCGGAGUUUCAGCACUGGCGGAAGGCGGUAGCACAGAGGUAUCCACCAGAGGCCCCGACAGAAGGCGCCGGACGCCUCGUCCUAGAGGACCCGGAGGCGGACGCGCAGGAUGCGCAGGUGACCGCUGCGGGGAAAGCCUUGGACACCUUGCGGCUCCGCUUGCAGGAGGCUGAAGACGCCGGCGAUGAGCCCAGGCGCCGGGCUUUGGCGCAGCUGCUCGCAACGGAGGAGCCGAGGAUCGCGCGCUUGCGCGCCAGAGGAGCUUCAACGUGA